CCCGGCAGACCUAGCUUAGGUCACACAAUGCUGCCCUCGUCCCAUUGGCUCGCUGUAUCAACUCUACUCGCCGCUCAUUGGACGAGAGGACUGUGUCAAACGCACGCCAUUGGCUCGCGCGGGCCACCUGCUCCGAUUGGACGGAACCGUGAACGCGUCGAUCCUGUUAGCUAAUAAUGAAAUUAACAAAGCGCGCGGCAUUACAUAGAAACCGUUUAUUGGUAUUUUACAAGUCUAUUAGCGGGAUGGAAAGUAACUAAGUACAUUUACUUAAGUACUGUUCAAGUACUUAACUUGAGUAUUUCCAUUGUAUGCUACUUUAGACGUCUUCUUGACCACAUUUCAGAGGGAAGUAUUGUACUUUUUGCCUUUCUAGUCUUUCUAAACAAGCAAUGCUACUUUAAUGUUUAAUACUUCUGUGGAGUACUUUACAUUAAAUUGGGUUUUAAUUAAGGAUUUGUAGCACUUUCACACUGGGAGUGGUAGGCCUACUUAAGCAAAGUAACGUUAUCUGAAUACUUCUUCCACAGUUUAUGACUGAGCUAAAAUUACUAUACAAUGGAAAUUGUUGCCAGGAGUUUAUACUAAGUAUAUAUAAUAUACUAAAUUAGUUAGAUAUAUCACAUUUGAUUUAUUAGAUUAUACUUUCUAUACAUAUUAUAUCCCACAAUGACCCAAAAACCCUGUCACAAAUAAAACAGGAUGUGGAAAUGCAGAAGUUAAAUUUAGCCUGACAGUAAAGUGCAAUAUAGUUAGUGAUAUUAACAUAUAUGUAAAAUGUGAUAUGACAAAGGAUAAGUGGUAAGUAUGAACUUUGAAAUACUGGGAUCUGGCUUUUUUAAAAGUGUUGAAUGCAUUUGUGGAACAUGAGCCUUCACAGUAAAGAUGUUUUCAAAAGAAUCCGGACGAAAACAAUUAUUAAUUGUUAUUAAUAUUAAUUAGUGUAAGAGCUUUAUUUCUCGUUUCUUUCUUUUCAAAUGAUAUUAUCCUCCGAACUUACUUCUGAUUGGGCUUUUCUUUCUGUAACCCUGUCAAAGCAAAAGGUGCAUGUGACACACAAUCAUAAACUGUAAAUUAUACCUGCAUGUUCCAGCACCUAAUUGAAUCCAAUGGACUUAUUAUAUUGCCCACAUGAUUAAUAUCAUUCAAACAUGUUGUCUUUACAGCUCAACCAUGACACAGAAGGGGCAGGGCAACGUCCCAGUCAGUCUCUUGGUGGACUGAAGGAGGACUUCGGCACCAGGACGAGUUAUUCCACGUUUGGUCCGCAGUCGGCUCUUGACAGCUCCCCUGCUGGUCGGAAUUAAAGCUGUAACUUGCUGCCGUUGGCGGAGCCGCAGCUGCAGAGUCCAGACAGUCCGGAUAGCGGAGCUGGACCCGGACCCGAACCCGGACCCUCUGCGUCUCUGAGACCUUCAGGAACCGCGCGAGGAAUCGGAACUGGAAGGUGUUUCCCGAGGACCUGAUAGAAGACUGGAUGCGGUUGUAGCCAUGGUUACGUCCGGGUGGGGGGCGCGGGCCCUCUCCCCCCGUGGCCUCGUGCUGGUCGUCUGUUUGUCUGCGUGUCUGUCCCAGCAGCCUCCCAUCAAACCGGCAGACUGCAGGAGAAAGGAGCAUCCCGUGGUCUCGCACCAAGCGUUGAGGCCGUGGAUGUCCGAGUUCUCCCACCCGGGGGUGAAGGACUUCUCCCAGCUGGCGCUGGACCUGAGCAGCAACCAGCUCAUUGUGGGAGCAAGAAACUUCCUCUUCAGGCUGAGUUUGAGCAACGCCUCGCUCGUACAGGCGACGGAAUGGGUGCCCGAUGAGGACACGAAGCGCUCUUGUCAGAGCAAAGGGAAGACGGAGGAGGAGUGCCAAAACUACAUCCGGGUGCUGCUGAUAAGUGGGAGGACGCUCUUCACGUGUGGGACCAACGCUUUCACCCCAGUGUGUAUAACCAGGCAGAUUGGCAACUUCAGCGAGGUGUUGGACACGGUGAACGGCGUCGCCCGCUGUCCCUACGACCCGCGCCACAACUCCACCGCCAUGGUAACGGAGCGAGGCGAGCUGUACGCCGCCACGGUGAUCGACUUCUCGGGACGGGACCCCGUCAUCUACAGGAGCCUGGGCAACAUGCCGCCACUGCGCACCGCCCAGUACAACUCCAAGUGGCUCAACGAGCCUCACUUCGUCUCCGUUUAUGAGAUCGGACGAUUCGCCUACUUCUUCUUGAGGGAGACGGCGGUGGAAAACGACUGCGGCAAGAUCGUGUUCUCUCGCGUGGCGCGGGUUUGUAAGAACGACAUGGGCGGACGUUUCCUCCUGGAGGACACCUGGACCACCUUCAUGAAGGCCCGACUCAACUGCUCACGCUCGGGAGAAAUCCCUUUUUACUACAACGAGCUGCAGAGCACGUUUUACCUGCCGGAGCAGGACCUGAUCUACGGGAUCUUCACCACGAACGUGAACAGUAUAUCGGCGUCCGCCGUCUGUGCCUUCAAUCUGAGCUCCAUCACCGAGGCCUUCAACGGACCCUUUCGCUACCAGGAGAACCCCCGCACCGCCUGGCUCUCCACCCCGAACCCCAUUCCCAAUUUCCAGUGUGGCACGCUGGAGGAGGGCGGCCCCGGUGGGAACCUGACGGAGCGCAGCCUCCAGGACGCCCAGCGGCUCUUCCUCAUGAACGACGUGGUCCAGCCCAUCGCCGUCAACCCUCUGCUCACCCAGGACGACCUGCGCUUCUCCAAGCUGGUGGUGGACAUCGUUCAGGGCCGGGACACCCUCUUCCACGUCAUGUACAUCGGCACCGAAUAUGGCACCAUCCUGAAGGCUCUCUCCACAACCAAUAAAAGCCUUCAAGGCUGCUACCUGGAGGAGCUCAGGCUCCUCCCUCAAGGGCAAAUUGGACCAAUUAGGAGUCUGCAAAUCCUUCACAAUGACAGAUCUUUGAUUGUUGGGCUUGAUGACAGACUGGUGAAGAUCCCUUUGGCGCGCUGCUCCAGCUAUCCUUCUGAAAGCCAGUGCAUUGAAGCUCGGGACCCUUACUGCGGCUGGGAUCACGAGCAGAAGCGCUGCACCACCAUCGAAGAGAGCUCCAACAUGAACCAGUGGACCCAAAACAUCACCGAGUGCCCAGUGAGGAACCUGACACAGGAUGGCGCUUUUGGUACGUGGGCGCCGUGGCAACCCUGUAACCACGACGACGGCGAGGGCUCCAUCAGCAGCUGCGCGUGUCGGUCCCGCUCGUGCGACGGACCCCUGGCCCGGUGCGGCGGGGUCGAAUGCAAAGGCCCGACCAUCCAGGUGGCAAACUGUUCCAGGAAUGGCGGCUGGACUCCCUGGUCCUCGUGGGGCCAGUGCAGCAGCAGCUGCGGCAUCGGGUUCGAAGUGAGGCAGCGGUCCUGCAACAACCCCUCGCCUCGCCACGGCGGUCGAAUCUGUGUCGGCCCGGGUCGAGAGGAGAGGCUGUGCAAUGAGAAGAAGCCGUGUCCCCUGCCGGUGUCGUGGACGGCCUGGGGCCCCUGGGCUCACUGCAGUGCUGAGUGUGGAGGGGGGGUCCACUCCAGGACCAGGACCUGUGAGAAUGGCAACAGCUGUCCCGGAUGCUCCAUGGAGUACAAGGCCUGUAACCUGGAGGCCUGCCCCGAGGUGCGCCGCAACACCCCCUGGACCCCCUGGAUGCCGGUCAACGUCAGUCAAGAUGGGUCCAGGCAAGAGCAGAGAUUCAGGUACACCUGCCGGGCGCUGCUCCCCGACCCCCAGCAGCUCCAGCUGGGCAAGAAGAAGACGGAGACCCGGUUCUGCCCCAACGACGGGUCUGGAGCCUGCCAGACUGACUCUCUGGUCGAUGACUUGGUGAAGACUAGUGGGCGGACUUGGUCCCAGCCCCAAGGCGUGCGCUGGGGAUUGUGGGAAACGUGGUCCAGCUGUUCUCAGCCGUGUUCCCGGGGCUUCCGAACUCGUAAGCGCAGCUGCUCGACCGCAGAGGGCAGGACGAACCCCGGCGCCUGCGUGGGAUCCCCGGUGGAGUACCAGGACUGCAACGCUCAGCCGUGCCCAGUGAGGGGAGUCUGGUCCUGCUGGUCCUCCUGGUCCCAGUGCUCGUCCAGCUGUGGGGGCGGACACUACCAGCGGACUCGGACGUGCAGCAACCCACCCCCUGCCAGCGGAGGAGACAUCUGUAUAGGCCUGCACACCGAGGAGGCGCUGUGUAACACACACGCCUGUGAAGAUUGGGGUGAAUGGACAGAGUGGGGGGACUGCGAUGAGGGGGGGCUGCAGCAUCGCACUCAUUGCUGUGCCGAGGACCAGGAGGCCGAGGCCAGUCUCUGCCGGGGGAACAUCACCCAGUCCAGGCCCUGCCAGCCUCGCGAGGUGCCAGUUAUUUUACCCGGACAGGAGGACCAGAGCUGUGGAACCUUCACUUUGUUCCAGUUAGUAGUCGUGGGCUCGGCCAGCUUCUUCGCAGCCGCUUUGCUGUCGGCGCUGGCCUACACCUACUGCCACCAGGUGAACCGUCCGUCGGCAGAGUCGGCCGUCAUCCACCCGAGCACGCCCAACCACCUGACCUACAACAAGCAGGGCAACGCCACGCCAAAGAAUGAGAAGUACAUCCCCAUGGAGUUUAAGACGCUAAACAAGAACAACCUCCACGUCAACGACGAGACGUGCAACCACUUCCCCACGCCGAUGCCCUCCGGCAACAUGUUCACCACCACCUACUACCCUCCCAGCAUGGGCAAGUACGACUUUCACCCAGACUCCCCCUGCAGGACCUACAUGCACAGCUGAGAGGGGGUCAGGCUCGGAAAAAAAAACUAACUUCGAUCGCCCCCAAAUAACGUGUUUCCAGAACCGGUUUUCCUUCACGUCACAUCUGCGUUUUUUUCCUUCACGAGUUGCUCCGAGCAUGCAAAGAACGUUUUCGGUUCAGAGCGUGCACCAUGCGCACCGUUCACCGUACGACCUAUUAUACAGCGUUCAGCGGCGCGUCGUCCCCUUCAGCCUCCAGCCUGCCGCAACACAAACUGCUGCACAUUGAACCAGGAAACGCAUUGUUAGAUUGAUCAUCUCUACAGGCGUGAAUAUUCAGAGACAUUCUUGAGUCUCCUUUUUAUUUUAUUUUUUUCAACGAGCUCGCCUCUAAACACCGGAACCUUUCCAGGUGUGCAGGGUAGGACCCAGAUAUCCAGGCCUUCAGGUGCAGUAGACUUCUUGUAGGUUACCUGGAUUCCCUCUGGAUUUUCCUUUUCCUCCUUCGCAGCAGGCGCGUGCAGCGGACUCACUAAUACCUGUAAAAAUAUGUUAUUAAAAAAACAAACCGGACAAAUUGUACGAAACAUCCCUCGCGGUCUGUGAACGAAGCAAAGAAACGAACUUCAUAUUUCCGGCUUAUUUGCUUUAAUUUUCAUGUUUAGUGGAAUCCAGAGUCGAAAAAAAAACACCGAAGAGGACGUUUCCGACACAGCUCGCUUUGUACUGUACAUUAUUAAACAUAAAUGUGAUUUAUGAAUUGUUUUAGGUCUGUUCACAGAUUUCUGUGCAUUUGCAUCUUUAUCUGCUGAUAUUGUAAACAUAUGGGGCAUGUUCUUUGGCAGUCACGCUCAUAUUUUCUGGACGUUAUUACGUUAUCGUUUCAUAAAUCACCAAAAAUAUGACACGGCUGUUUUUCAGAGCGUCUCACUAUGAAUCAGCCACAAAACGUCAAAGUCUUGGUUUUAUAGUUUACUGAAAUUAAUGGGAAAACAAUGGCUGCCCAAAUGAUGUAUAACACUGUUUUUUUUCAAUUAUAAAGCAUGUUGGAUUUAUAACAAUGUUUUUUUUUUCUUACAUUUCUGAAUAUACAAAUAAUAUGUGCAUUUGGAGAGAACACAUUAUUUGUCUCUCGCGGUCCAAAUAAACCAGGUGAGGUGAACUAUUACGAUAAUUGCCCAUAGAUGUGAAUGUGAGUGAACGGCUGCCUGUGUGUGUGUGUGUGUGUGUGUGUGUGUGUACGAUGUAACGUGCUUGUAUGAAUAUGUUUUUCACAUGUCUGUGGAUUAUGAAAGCAUUGUGCUUGCAACGGUGUUAAAAAGACAAAUUCUGCAAUGCUUUUUGAGGGGUCAGUCAUUUCAAGAUUUAAUUUCUAAGAAGUAUCCCGGAAGAAAUAAUGUAAUAUAGAGAUAACGGCGUAAAAAAGAAAUGCAAAGUGAAUUCAUUUAAAUCGUUUUUUUUCUUUGUUGUUAGCAUCGUUUUUCUCCAUAUGAGUUAAAUCUUUUUUUAACUGACACAUUAUAUUUACAGGGAAACAUCUCGGGAAUUAUUCUGAAAUUAGUUUUACUGCGAAAAAAAAAGAAGAAAAAAAAGGCCAAAGUAGUCGGCGCAUCACACAGUACAGGAUUGCUAAUAUUUACGUUACUCCGUGCUGUAAAAUGUAUAUAAACUGCAUAUCUCGAGUUCCUAAAAUGUAAAUAUUUCUCACCACCUGCAGUGUUAAUGUAGCAUGAGACAAACCACCCGGGUGUUCACCUUUGGGUGCUAAGUGACUGCAUGUGCCGACUCACUUACAUAUGUAUACAGUCCAUGUGUGUGUAAACUGUACAAAUAUGUGUGUACGCUUAUGUCUUUGGCCUAGAUGAUGGGAAUAUUCAUUUUUAAAUUGGCAUUGUCCCAACCUUCGUCAACGGAUCCCUAAAUACACCUGACAUUAUAAUAUGAUGUGAAUUUGACUUAACACUGCCUUUUGGACACUGUGAACUUUUGGUACUCUAUAUUUUUGUAUAAUGUACACUGUAAAA